CGACGUCGUGGUGGUGGUGAAUGGUGUUGUUUGCGCCUCGGUAACUCCGCCGUUUUGCCACCGCCUCGGUGUCAUCGGGGCUUUCGAGCUUCACGCCCUCUCGCCGUAGCAGCCAAGACAUCUGUUGCUGAGUGGUACCCAUGAUCAUUGUUUCCUUGCCAGAAGCUCUAAACCUUCGCUAGUGGGUUUGCGCCGAGUUGGUUUCCUUCGAGAGGUUCUUUUUUCUCGUUGUUGCAACUCAGAGGAGAAGGUUAGGGUGGUCCGGCGUUGGUUGACAUGGCCAAUACUCUUCCAGUGUACGAUGUUCGAUGCGCGUGGCAAGUGACGGACGUGAGUGCAUUUGCUGAUCGAGGGGGUUUAAGCAAUGGAAGAGUUGGUUUGCGGCUUUGUAAUUUGGGCGGAUCCAAGCUGCGGGGUAACUCUUCCUUAGUUUCCAGGAGUGGAGGGAGGAAUGGGGCCUGUGUUGGGGGUAGUCGGGCAUUGACACCCAUUACGAAGAGUGUCUUGAAGACUGAGUAUGAGACGCCGGCGGGCGUGGAGGCGGAUGUAACGAGGUUGGAGAGAGCUGUAACGGAGCGUGGCUUCGAGGUGGACUCGCGCAUUGAAGAGGAGCUGAAGGGAGAAGGUGGGUUUCGCAAUGUGAGGAGGACGAAGCUGAUUGCCACGAUCGGGCCGUCUUGCUGUUCCUACGAACAAAUGGAAGCGCUGGCCUCGUCGGGAGUCAACAUCGCCAGGCUCAACAUGUGUCACGGCACUCACGAGUGGCACCGGCAGGUGAUCAAGAAUUGCCGGAGGUUGAAUGCUGAGAAGGGCUAUGGCAUUGUUGUAAUGAUCGACACCGAGGGGAGUGAGAUACACAUGGGCGACCUGGGCGGGGUCUCUUCUGCCAAAGCGGAAGAUGGAGAAGAGUGGUGUUUCACUAUUCGGAAAUUUAACGGUCCAUUGCCUGCUUACACUCUCCCUGUCAAUUACGAAGGCUUUGCUGAAGAUGUACAGGUAGGCGACGAGUUGGUAGUAGAUGGAGGAAUGGUGAGGUUCGAGGUUCUAGAGAAGGUGGGUCCAGAUGUGAAGUGCAAGUGCACUGACCCUGGAAUACUUCUGCCGUGUGCCAACCUUAAUUUAUGGCGCGACGGUUACCUGGUGCGGGAGAAGAAUGUUACGCUUCCCACAAUAUCAUCAAAGCUUGCGAAUGGUUUGCAGGAUUGGGUUGAUAUCGACUUUGGCAUAUCUGAAGGCGUGGAUUUCAUUGCCGUUUCGUUUGUGAAGUCUCCCGAUGUCAUUAAACAUCUCAAGAGUUACGUUGCUGCACGGUCCCCAGACAGGUCAAUUGGUGUCAUCGCCAAGAUCGAAGACGCGAAUUCCCUCAGAUGUUUGGAUGAUAUUAUCCGUGUUUCAGAUGGAGUGAUGGUUGCAAGAGGAGAUCUUGGUGCUCAGAUACCACUGGAACAAGUUCCAUCUGUGCAAGAAGCCAUUAUUGAUGCUUGUCGAAAGCUUAACAGGCCUGUGAUUGUCGCAUCACAACUUCUUGAAUCGAUGAUUGAGUAUCCCACACCUACUCGAGCAGAGGUGGCAGAUGUCUCAAAUGCUGUGAGGCAACAAGCAGAUGCGUUGAUGCUGUCUGGCGAAUCUGCCAUGGGCCUUCAUCCUCAGAAGGCUGUUGAGGUCUUGCGAGGGGUGAGUGUGCGCAUGGAGCAUUGGAGUCGGGAGGAGUCUCAUCAUGAGAAACCUCCAUUGCCAGAGAUUUCUACAUCGGAUACUGGAAGAACAUCUGAACAGAUAUGCAACUCUGCGACUCAGAUAGCCAAUAAACUGGGAGCUGAUGCAAUUCUUGUGUAUACACGCCGAGGCUACAUGGCAUCUUUGAUUUCAAGGAACCGUCCAGAUUGCCCCAUCUUCGCUUUCACGGAGUCACGCAAUGUUAUGCGGUGCAUGGACCUACAAUGGGGCGUCGUUCCUUUUCAGUUUGCUUUCAGAAAAGAUUUAGAGAGUAACCUUCUUCAAUCCUUGGCUCUUUUGAAAGCGCACUGUAUGGUGAGAUCCGGAAACCUUGUAGUCGCUGUGUCCGACGUCUCCUCAGCCUCGCAAUCAGGAACAGGAGUCCUGCAAUCCAUUCAAGUUCACGUCUUAUCUUGAGCAGUUCUUGUUCUCUCAGAGAAUCAAGCAUACCCGCUCAAGAGAUUGUUCUCUCUAUGGACUGCAUACCCAGGAUUCCAUAUAAUGGAGAAGUGAUGGCAUGAGACGACACGAGUCAGCAAAAUAAUUUACACUAUAUUGGGAUUUGUCCAUCUCCGAGUAACGUUGGAGAGAGAUUUACUAAUGGAAAGUAGAGCCGGGGGCUUGCAGUACAUGUACCUUUCCAUUGGUCAGAUUUGGUCCACCUCCAACGUCUGCAUUGAUUAUCUGUAAACAUAUCCGAUUUCCUGAAAAAGUAAAGCUCUAUACCUUGUAAAGA